UGUGGGAAAGAUAAAACUUGCAAAUCACAGUUGAUUAUGCAUGAGAGGAUCCAGACUGGAGAAAAAUCUUACAUAUACAUUGAAUGUGGUAAAACCUUUGAUCAGAACAACUCCGUUGUGGUUUUUGGAAGGAUCCAUACAGGAGAGAAGCCCUACAACUGCUCCCAAUGCACUAAAUGCUUUAGCGACCAUGGCAACGUGGACUCCCACCAAGGAGAAACCUUUUGAAUGUCCUGAUUGUGGAAAAUGUUUCUGUGAUAAUUCUAGCCUGGUGAAACACCAGAGGACUCACACAGGAGAGAAACCCUUUCAAUGUCAUGAUUGUGGUAAAAGUUUCAGUGAGAAUUCCAGCCUGGUGAUACACCAGAGGACUCACACAGGAGAGAAACCCUUUGAAUGUCCUGACUGCGGGAAAAGUUUCAGUAACAAUUCCAGCCUGGUGACACACCAGAGGACUCACACAGGAGAAAAGCCCUUUGAAUGUCCUGACUGUGGGAAAAGUUUCAGUCAGAGUUCCAACCUGGUGAGACACCAGAGAACUCAACACAGGAGAGAAACCGUAUGAGUGUCCUGUUUUGGAAAUCGUUUCUGUUGGAAUUCCAGAGUGAUGAUACACCAAAGAACUCACACAGGAGAGAAACCAUACAAGUGUGUCACAUCUGCAGCAUAUGAAUCCUAUUCGGAAGAGGCUCAGAGAGACACCUCCUUAAUUCACAGGAGUAUAAGAACAGGGAUUAGGUUAUAAAGAAGAUAAUUUGCAUGUUUUUUCACUGAUAAACAAAAACACGAAUCAACUUAUC